GGAGGGUCGGCUUCAGAGAGAUUGACUUGCCGAGGCUAGCGGAAUCACAUGACCCUGUCUCCUAGUUCUUUCCUUCUUCCAUAGGUUUCAGCGAUGACAGCCAUUUGAUAUUAUCUUCGGCUUUCCGCGUUGUUCGGACGACGACGCGCGCUUCGUGGCCGGUCUCAACGAUGACGGCCAUCUUUCAUUCUUUUCGGCGUUCCUCAUUGGCUCAGACGACGACACUCGCCCCGUGUCUAACCGUGGCUGGUCCCAGCGGUGACGGCCGUCUUCCUAUCAUGGUUGUGUAGCGUAUGCACGAGGACCAUUCUAAUGUUGCCAAGGUGGCGCGCGUGCUCCUGCGCAUUGUGGAGCACGCGCACGAGAGUGGAGUGGCACGUGCAUCGCAGAAGAGUUCGCGUUCAUCGCCGAAGAGGUUCGCCGGCACCAUUAUCUGAAUUCGAUUUUUACGAUCGUCAGUACUGUCGACUUAACGUGUGAACUUCUUAGGCCAGUUGCUUCCGCCAGCCAUGGACAUAAUGGAAGAGGUGCCAUCUGGUUGUGCAUCCCUGCACGGCAGGGGGAAGUAUGCACAUUCGUAUCCUCAAAAUGCAGCCUGUGCUCCUCAAUGCCACUCUCCCCCACGUGUCCUGUCAGCCUCGUGUCCCAGGGACGACCACUCUCUUGCUGUUGGGGAGUCUCCAGCUUGUUCACCUGAAGAUGAGAAUACUCCAGACUUUGCUGUUGUGGACGUGCUCGGAGAUAUGCUCUCUGCUGUGGUAAACAUGGUCGAAGUUACUGUGGGAUGCCGGCUGCCUUGUCGCAUGCAGAACAGUGAUGACUGGCCUCUUGCUGAGGUGCUUGCCAUCAAGAAAUUGCCUGACAACAAAGCCAUCUACUAUAUUCACUACAUUGACUACAACAAGCGGCUCGAUGAUUGGGUGACAUUUGACCGCUUGGACCCAACGAAAAUGCAGUUACCAUGCCAGGAGAACAAAGGUCUGCCCUGCAGCCCUGGCCGGCUGUCUUCUUCUUCAUCUUCGGACUGUCUUUCUUCCCCUGUGAAGUCAUCGCCACUCGAGUCACCAACGGGCGUAAUGAUUUCACCCAAGAAGGCCCUUCCUUCAACCAGUAGGGAAUCUUCAACUAAGAGAUCUCCUGGCAGGCCACCCGCUCUCGGGGCUAUGAAAGAUGCUCAGGAGGGGGAAGUGUCUUCAAAGAAGACUGUCGGAAGAAAGAGGAAAGCCCCUGCCAAAGAAGUUGAGGAACACCCGGAAGCUUCAGGCUCACGUGCAGGAGGCAGCAUGGCGGCACAGAAUGACGUGGUGUCGCGGGUGAAGAACAUUUACAUGAUUGAACUGGGCCAAUAUGGCAUCAAGCCGUGGUACUUCUCUCCCUACCCAGAGGAACUGGCCAACACUUGCAUUUACUUGUGCCAGUUCUGCCUCAAGUUCACAAAAAGUCGAGCCUUACUCAAGAGACAUUUGGUCAAAUGCCAGUUGAAGCACCCACCAGGAAAUGAAAUUUAUCGCAAGGGUACCCUCUCCGUUUUUGAGAUCGAUGGCCGUAAAGACAAGACAUAUGCGCAAAACCUAUGCCUCCUGGCCAAGUGUUUCUUGGACCACAAGACGCUCUACUUUGACGUGGACCCAUUCCUCUUCUACGUCUUGACUGAGGUUGAUAAUCGUGGACACCAUAUUGUUGGCUACUUCUCCAAGGAGAAGCUAUCACAGGAGGACUACAACUUGUCCUGUAUCUUGAUUCUUCCCCCAUACCAGCGUAAAGGUUAUGGAAAGCUGCUGAUUGAGUUUAGUUAUGAGCUCUCGAAGUGUGAAGGCAAGACUGGCUCCCCUGAGAAGCCACUUUCUGACCUGGGGCUGCUGUCGUACCUGUCCUACUGGUCUGAGGCCAUUCUCGAGAUUCUGAUUAACAUGGUCGCUGCCGAAAAUGAGGAAAGGCCUAGGAUCAGCAUUCAGGAGAUUUGCAAGCUGACAAGCAUCAAGAAGGAUGAUGUAAUAUCGACACUGCAGCAUCUGAAUCUGAUCACCUACUACAAGGGCCAGUACAUCAUCAAGCUGACUGAAGAGGCAAGGGAAGGAUACAAGCGGGCCAUUCUCAAGCGACCUUUGCGCAUCGACUCCAAGUGCCUCCAGUGGAAGCCCAAAGAUUGUGGGAAGCAUCGUAAAUAGUCAACCACCUUUGUGCUGCAGCUGUGCUCCAGCUGUCUUGGAGGCCAUAGCUGAGGGGAGAAGUCAAAGGCUACUGGUACCUGACAAGAACUCUACCUCCUACACUUGACAAAUUUAUGUAAUGGUUAAUGAAAAUUACUGCGGUAUUUGGUUACCAUAGUGAAUCAGUAUACUAUAUUAUCAUUACAUAAAGUGAUUUUCCGGUGAGAUGCAAGAAGCAUAUAAAACAGUGUACUUCCUUUUGGAUUCUAAAAACAAGAACUGAUAUUGUUUUACUUCCCUGGUGACCUGAUCGAUCCAGCAGUUUUAUAAUAUUUAUUUAAAAGUUUAUUUAUGCCAUAUUUUCAGCAUUGGCUAGUCCUCACUCAGCAUUUUUGGGGCUUUCAUUUUCAGUUAUAAUAUCACCUUCAUAGUUGUUUGACUGUUCUAGAGAUUUCAUCAGUUUUCACAUAUUAUUUUGUCAACUUUCAGAGUGCAAAUAAAAUAUAUAUUCAAAUAUG